GAGGUGCAAUUCGAGCAGCAAAGCGUGUGAGUUAGUCUUGAAACAGCGCAGAGAUGUCCGUCCCAAAGAAGAUGUCCUAUGUUCGUCUCGGAAACUCCGGCCUGAAGGUGUCCAGGAUUAUUCUUGGAACUAUGCAGUACGGCUCUUCCAAAUGGCAGGAGUGGGUCCUCGAAGAGGAAGAGGCUAUCGAGCACAUCAAAUAUGCGUACGAGCAUGGCAUCCAGACCUUUGACACGGCGAACGUCUACUCAAACGGACAGUCUGAGGUUGUGCUUGGCAACGCGAUCAAAAAGUUGAACCUGCCGCGGGAGGAGCUGGUCAUCAUGACGAAACUCUACAACCCUGUCCCUGCGUCUCCCGCCGUCAACCUCAUCGCUCUGGGUAAGAAGCCUGAAGAGGUUGGAAUCAUCAAUCAGCAUGGUCUCAAUCGGAAGCAUAUAUUCGACUCGGUUAAGGCGAGCCUUGAACGCUUGCAGCUGGACUACAUCGACGUCUUGCAGUGCCACCGCUUCGACUACAACACCCCUGUGGAAGAGACCAUGCAUGCUUUGCAUGAUGUGGUGAAGGCCGGAUACGUCCGUUACAUCGGCAUGAGUUCCUGCUACGCAUACCAGUUCCACCAGAUGCAGAACUACGCUAUCACCCACAACCUCACUCCGUUCAUCUCGAUGCAGAAUCACUACAACCUCGUCUAUCGUGAGGAAGAGCGCGAGAUGUUCCCGACGCUCAAGCUCUUCGGUGUCGGCUCCAUCCCCUGGUCCCCGCUCGCUCGUGGAUUGCUCACGCGCCCUGCUGACGCCGAGUCCAAGCGCGGAAAUACCGAUUGGUUCAUCGGAAGAUACAAGAAUGAAUCCACUGCCACCAUCGUCACACGGGUUGAAGAGCUGUCCAAAAAGAAGGGUGUGAGCAUGGCGCAGAUCGCCAUCGCAUGGGUGCUCGCGAAGCCGGGUGUCACGGCUCCCAUAGUCGGUACCACGAGUCUUGACAACCUCGCGGACAUUUUGGGCGGCUUGGAUGUCCAGCUGUCGGAAGAUGAGAUUAAGUUCCUCGAGGAGCCGUACAAACCCGUCGCAAUCGCAGGGCACUUCUGAUGGUCUAUUUCUGAAGUGUAUCUUGUCUGGAUCGCAUGAUUGGGUACCAGGAGAUCUAGUCGGACUGUCACAGCAAGUGCUUCAUUCCGAGAUUGAUCUCAAGUUUUCCAUGUCCGAAUGCUUGGUUGCAAGAACUGAGAAGUGCGAGUGUGACUAUAUCGCGCGGACUCCCCGCUUCAUCAAAUACACACUCCUCUCAGC